AUGGUUCUCUCGGGCUCAGUGUCCCUACAACGACGCGGACUCGGCGCGAAGGCGAUCUACACCCGCAUCGCCGACAAUUCGAACCACGGUCCAGGCCCGGGGGCGAGAGCGGGUUCUGGUUUGGAGGGGGAUGGUGGUGAGGGGUCGGGUGCUGGUGCCGGUUCUAAUGGCCGUCCCCGUCGCCGUGGCAAGCGUGCGGCUGCAGCUGCGGCUGCGGCUACGGCCAAGGAGGGGAAAGAUGGGGAUGGCUGGGAUGACUGGCAGGGGCUGGUGAAGGAUGGGUAUGAGACGGUAGAGGGCGAGGUGCUGGAUCCCUGGCUCUUGAGGACCAUGGCCGAUAGGAAGAAGCGGUCCCAGGGGGCGUUUGUGCAUAUGGCGGAAAGGAAAAAGGGUCGUGGGGAAUGGGCCAUCAAUGAGGACCAGUCUGCCGUGUUUCUGAUGCCGGGUUGCUAUGAUCCCACGCUGGUGGGCGAGGACAGCAGGAAGAACGCGCCUGGGGCCUUGACGGCGGCGGCUAUGGCUGGUGUGGAAACCGUUGGCCAUGCAGCUAAGCGCUGGGUAAAUUGUAGCCGGUAG